AGUUAUGACGUCAAUAAUGCUGGAAAAACAUAGCAUUCUGAUUGGCUGGAUACAAGCGUUGUGUUAUUGGCGUGUUCUCAUUGUUAAAUUCCCACAUCGAACUAGGUUUGUUUAUAAACACAAGAAGAUUGUUUGACGAUCGAAAGAGUUAGGGUUAGAAUUUUUAGUGAUAGUGAAAUAAUUAGUGCUGCUUCUUUAAAGACACUCUUUGAGCCACCGUUUAAUUUGUGGUUGGCUUGUGUCAUUCCAGAAGACUUUUAAUUCGGAAUUUUAAAGAAGUGUAGGCUUCUUAGCUAAGGUUUUCAGUUUUCGUGAAAGUAUAAAGUUUGAGUGUAGAAAGCAGACCUACUGUUUUUAAACUUAAAACUUUAAAGGACAGAAGAGAAUAGCCUAGGCUAAGGCCGGGCUCAGCGUCAAAAAAUAACCGGCUGUAUAAUUGCACUUAUUUUAUUUAAAACUUGUAGGAAAUAACAGUCUUCCCUCAUUAAUUUAAAUCAGGCCAGUAAUUAGCUUUGUAGUCUUCCACUGUUCCAGAGUUUGUUCUGUAAGAUCAGCAGCGAGUUACAAAGAGGAUGGUUUCAAGAGCUCAUAGUCAAACAGGAUUCCAUUUCCAUUGGGCUAACAGCAUUGGUAUUACUUACAGUAGCAAAUUUAUUUAUGAAAAGCUUGUGCUUCUACAGGAUUAUACUAUCCAGAGGAUCUACUGGAAGAUGACAGCCUGAAAAGCAAAUAAAUCAUUGAGACCAGGUUUCACCAAUUGCAGUUGACAUUUUCUCUGUUACCAGUAAAAGCAGUAACAAUUCAUCAUUGUCUCUGUUGACGACCACUACUACCAUCAUGUUCUCUGAUGUUGCCACAGUGGAAACUUCUAAUGAUAGGCACAUGGUCAUUUAUCCUUUGGACCUGACAGACAUAAACCAAAACCUCUGUGCCUGGCCUUCUCAAGUUCACAAUGAAGAUGUCACUGGAAUGCCUCCACAAAAGGACAGUCCAAUAUUCUCUAUUGCUAUGGGAAUGAAGAGUAAAAGGAAUAUAAUGACAAACAAAAAUGAACAAAAUGCUAAAUCAACUAGUCUUCGCUGGAGGACAGCAGCAUACCGAGCUCUCCACAUGGCAGAUCCAUGGAAGGAGUUUCAUCUAGAGAAGUUGGAGGUCGAAACUGCCACUCGUUACCGUUACAAUGCACUUUGUAAAGAUUGGGUUGUGGAUGAAGUUACCAUUAAGAUGGCUAAAGAGCCUUUCAAUCAUGGAGCUAUGAGGACUUGUUUUAGAGUAAAGAAACUCUCCAACUUUGCUCAUGAAAAUUGGGAACAUGCUUCCAAUUAUGUAGCCAAAUGUUACAUGGUGAAUGUGAAUAGGGAGGUGUACUUCGAGGAUGUUAAGUUACAGAUGGAUGCGAAACUUUGGAGUGAGGAGUACAAUCGCCAUAACCCACCAAAAAAGGUGGACAUAUUUCAGAUGUGUGUGAUUGAACUCUACAACAGACCUGGAAAGCCUUUGUAUCACUUAGAACAUUAUAUUGAGGGUAAAUACAUCAAGUAUAAUUCAAACUCUGGUUUUAUAUCUAGCGAAGGGCUUCGUCUAACCCCUCAGGCUUUCAGCCAUUUUACCUUUGAAAGGUCAGGCCAUGAAUUGAUUGUGGUUGACAUUCAAGGGGUUGAUGACCUCUACACCGACCCACAGAUUCAUACAUCUUCAGGAAAAGAAUAUGGAGAUGGAAACUUGGGAACUAAAGGAAUGGCAUUGUUUUUCCAUUCACAUGUAUGUAACAGCAUCUGUCACAGCCUGAACCUUUCACCUUUUGAUCUUGCUUUACCAGAGAAGAAAGCCAAUCGAAAGAUGGCACAGUUGCAGCGCCAGUGCAAGACCAGAGUUCGUGGUACAGAAGAAAUCUGUAUUCUUCCAUCUGAGUAUGAGCGAUCGCAUCUGACUGAAUUUUUACGUGCUCGCACACGUACUUAUAGUGGAUCAUCAUCUCAAGGAAGCCCUUCAGAUAGUGAAAUAUUUGACUCUCCAUUACACUCGUAUAUCCCCGGCAGAAGAAGAGACAGUGGAAACCGUACCAUCAGCUUAAGCAGUGAUGACAUGGAUGAAGAAUAUGAAGAGAGAAGUGAAGAUGAAGCAGAUGACUUCACAAGUCUUGGCAUCAGUUCCGACUCUGGUUUGGGAUCCUUGUAUAUCUCAAGAAGGAAGAGAUUUGAUUCUGAAAGCAGUGCAACAUCAACUGAUGAACAUCAACGUGUGGCUUUCCAAGAGCUGAUUGCUCGUCAUUCUCGUCCAUCAUGUGUUUACAGUGAAGUUCAGCUGAGGAAAAUGUUGGACAGUGAUAACAACAGAAUGUCAGAGAAGUCUGUUCUGGGACAGGUUCAUUUGGAAAUGGCCAAAUACCAUGAGUUGGGGAGGUUUUCGGCAGAUGGUGAAGAAGAAUACGAUCAUGAUGCGGCAUUGUUUCACAUGCAGCAUGCUGCAGAUUGUGGCACUGUGGAAGCUGUUAUAACCAUGGCUCAUAUCUAUUUACAACUUCAGCACGAUUUGUUGAUAGACAUCUCUGUGCCUGAUACCCCAGAGAAUAAAGAGAAAGGCGUGGAAUACAUGCUUCAGGCUGCUGAAGGUGGUGAUAGAGCUGCUAUCAUUUACAUGGCAAAAUCUUUUGAUACUGGGGAUAACUUGGGUACCUCGAGGAAGAAGUCCUGGAAAGAUGCUGUGCACUGGUAUGAUAAAGCAGUCAAACUAGAAAAGGAGGAAUUUGAUGCAUACUUGGAUGACCCACCCUACCAGCUGCUGUUUCGAGAAGCAGAUCUGUACAGACAAGGAGGUUAUGGUCUUGAAAAAGAUCCCAAUAGAGCAGGUGAAUUAUACCAUGAAGCAGCAGAUGUUGCCAUGGCAGCCAUGAAGGGUCGACUCGCUAACAAAUUCUAUAUGUUGGCAGAAGAAGCCUGGGCUGAAGUGGAGGAGUAAAUGGGUAAUAGGAAAAGAGUGCUAAAGCUACUAAGUUCUAGCAUUGGCAUGGUGCUGGAGAAGAUCAGACUUUUUAGUAGAGCAGAAAAACGGGAACUGCUGUGAUGGUUUGGAAGUUUAUCUUAUUCUUUAUUUUUCUUCUGGCUUUUUGUGGUUAGCUUUAGCACCAAAUUAUGGGAUUGUUAAAAGAGAAAAAGAUGGGUCGGAGGUGUGUGGGAAGAAGUGGAAGACAAAGCAGUGUGUAACAUCUGUUAUGUUUGUUGUCAAAAAACUUAUUCUUCUGUUAUAUAAAAAAAAUUCUUUUUUUUGAACUGACGUACUAUUUUUGUUUUCUUUUUUUGGUUUUGGAUUAAAAAACUUUCUGAGAUAUGAUCGUAACAUCACUGUUAAAACAAGAAAAGAGACUGAUUUAAGAAAAGUGAAACUUGGAAAAGAAAAGCAAGUUGAAUUAAAGGAAGGUUGUGGAGAAUCAUUUGCAGAAAAUUCAAAAGUCGAACUGCUGUUGUAAAUGUUACAGAGGCAUCAUUUGCAAUGUUUAUAAAAUAUUGUAGCGAACAUCCAUGAAGAACUGGAGCUUCAAAAGGAAACGAAGGAACAUGUGGUAUGAAAACUUGACUACUGUGAGAUGAUCAGUUUUUCUUCAUUUUACAUUUCAAAUAAUAAACAAAAUAACACCAGAAUGUCUUGGAAGAUAAAACAUUGAUCAGGUCCUCAAUGAAUAAGUGUUUAUACUAACUGUGUAGAAAGAUGAUUAGUAAUUAUGAUUUUCAUACAAAAUAGAUGGGAGUGUUAUAGAAAAGAAUUAUGAUGCUUACUAACUGAAACAAAGAAGAAAAAAAAACAUGGUUGUAUGUGAGUGUUGAAUUUAAGUAAUUUGGAUUUCACGUCUGGUUUUUACUGUUACUACAGGCUAGUGUUUUAAGAUAUUUAGUAAUGUUACAGGUAGAAGGUUUUUAGCAUUAAGUUUGGUGAUUGUUUCUUAUAUGUAUAUGCUAGUGGUAUGAUUUGAUCAAAGUAUAAUGUGAUCACAUGUAAUAAUGUGUAAUCUUUAUAUCUAGACAUUACUGCUGUGUAGUUAUCCAGUCAACUUUAGUGAAAUAUCUGUUGUUUUUAAAUAAUUUUUAUCUUUCCAGCUAAUAGAUAUUAACUGAUAGUAAAAAAAAAAAUAAGGAUUUAAUAAAUUGUCUUGUGAGUUGUGUACUUUUGACAAUGAAAAAAUAUAACUGUGUACAUUAAAAUUGAUUUUGGGGUUAGAAAAAGGGUAUCAACAUAUUUAAUGUUGGUCUCUAUUUUUAUAAGGUUUUAGUUGUGGUUUCGGUUCGUAAUGGGUGAACUUGUUUAAUGGGUAGAUAUUUUAUUGUUUCUUUUAUUGGACUUACUAAAAAUAGGACUUAUUUGAACACAUGCAGAAAAUUUAUGGGCAAACCUUAGGUUGCAUCCUCUGAUAGGGCAAAAAUUUAAAUUGAUAAGUGUUCCAUUUUAUUUUCAAAGUUUGUAGAAGUAUUAAGAUGAAAAAGAUAAUAAAACAGAAUAUUUAGGAAUUAAAGCUAAAUCAAAUACUAAUAACCCAUAAUGAAGGAAGGAAGGAAAAGGAUUUCUUAAUUAUUCAUUUACUUUAGUAGUAGUAGUGUGCUGUGGCUGUAAGAAAAUUUAUUCUGACAUUUUAAACUUCAUUAAUGCUGCAUAUGUCAAUGUGAUACUUUAAAACUUCUAACUGAUGAAUACCCUGUAAUAUCUUUUUCUUUCUGAUCUUAAAAGGUUGUGUAUAAUCGACUGCAACUUGUUUUCAGACUUUCUGCUGUAUAAACUAAUUAUUUUCAUAAGACUUUACAGUUUCACCUGUUGCACUAACUUAACCAUUCCAUUCUUUGAAGUGCUUUUAUUUCUAAAUUACACCGUUUAUAUCAAGAUGUAACUUUAUUUUGGACUGGUUGUGGUGUAUAAUAAAAGUUUAUCCCACUUGUGUUUUGCAGAUUUCCAUUAUUCGAUUGAUACAUUCAUUUUUGUUAUUAUAUCCUAUACUGUAGUUUUUUGUUUCGAGGAUAAUUUUGUGUGUCUAAUGCAGGUGUGGUCUUCAGUUUGUACCUGAACUGAUAGACCCCCAAAGUUUGUGGAUAAGUGUGGAACAUUUACUGUAAUAUGUCCAAUCUUUUAAACUUUGAAAUUUUAUGUAUGCUCUAUCUUAUCUGUUCUGCCAGACCUUAAAACAGUGAUUGUAGCUAAAUGUUUUUAAGUUAUACAAAAAUUAUUAUAAAUUGUUUAUAGGUAUGCUUUUAGAUUGUGAACUAUAAGCUGAAGCAGGUAGCUUCUGUCAGGCUUUAGAAUUAACUGUAAUAUGUAGUUUCUGUCAGGCUUUAGAAUUAAAUGUAAUAUGUAGUUUCUGUCAGGCUUUAGAAUUAACUGUAAUAUGUAGUUUCUGUCAGGCUUUAGAAUUAAAUGUAAUAUGUAGUUUCUGUCAGGCGUUAAAAUUAAUUGUAAUAUGUAGUUUCUGUCAGGCUUUAGAAUUAACUGUAAUAUGUAGUUUCUGUCAGGCAUUAGAAUUAAUCUGAAAGUUGCUGUAUAUUAUCUGUUAGGCUUAAGAUUGAGUGAUAUGUAUUGUUCUCACUGUUUGACUCCUGUAUCACCUGCUUGAUUAAUCCACUCUUCAGGUGUAGUAUAUCUUUUUAUUUCGGUGAUUCUCAGGUCUUUGAACUCCGUAACCUUUGAUUUAUUGUUUGGAUAAUCCAGUAUUUUCUAGUCUCUGAUGUAUACAUCCAGAGUUUGUUUGAUUAUGUUAGUGGCUUUCUUGAUUUGUUUACUUAUCAGAAGAAGUUUGCAACAUUAAGAAAUUUAAGUCGUAAUACAUAGAUUCAGUAAGCAUCUGAGUGGUUUUACACAACACUGAGUGUGACUGCUUUUUGUUUUUACAUUCUUAUGUGGGAUCAAGUAAUUUUACCAAUAACGUGUAAUUUGAGCAAUAUUUUUAUAUGUUUAAUUUAAUUUUGAGACUAUUUAAGGUUUCAUGAUUAGUUUAGGUACCAUUGAUUUGUCGUAAAGUUUCUUUUCUAGUUGUUUUUAGCUUGAUUUGUCCGUAUUGCUGGGAUUUUCUCUCCAUUCAUUGUUUUGUGAUUUAUUAUUUGUUUUGUAUAAAAUUUUAUUUGUCACUGUAUAUGUUUGGUAGAAGAUAAGUUGUUUUUAGUCUUUCAUUUUUGUUGGUCCCGUAUAUAACAAGUCAGCUCACAUAAACGAAAAGCCGUUAAGUAUUUGAAAGAAAACAACAAAAAGUUAUGAUUUUAAGAAGUAGUAUACUUUGAGAAUAAUUUUGUGAUAUGAAAGUAUAUAUAUCAAUAGAUUAAUAAAACAGUAGUCCCGACAAACGGGCCAUAUUUUUAUGAAACAGACUAUACAUACUAACUAUUGUGAUGUGCAAGUCAUUUUGCUGAACCAUCUUUCCAUAAUUGUUCAGUUUUGUAGAGUGUUGUUAUUUAGUGUGUGUGAUACAGUUAUUUCAGUAGCAUCCUUUAGUUAGCAGUAGAGAAUAAGUAAGCUACAGGAUUUUAUUUUAUGAUUUGUAUUUUGAUGCAUGGUAUUUUCACUGUCAGAAAGCAAGGCUGAAGAAUUUUGAUUUUCAGAUCAAUUUGAAAUCGUGACUCAGGAGUGUAAAACAAGUUUGUUUUUUUUUAGUUCAAAAUUUAUUUGCACAAUGUAAAUGUAUAAUUUGUUACA